AUGUUCGAGUACCUUUCGUUCCUUCGACCACCUCCCGAAGCUUGUCCACUUGGUCAGCCGGUGACGUUUGUCCCCCAGAUCGCAAACGACUUGCGCACAGAAAUAUGCGAAACGGAACAUGAUAUAUACUUUACUUGGCAAUUCGACUCGGGCGCACUCCACCGCGGCGGGUUCACCAAACUAACAACAUGGAAACCGGGCAGCGCAUCGUACAAACCUUUGAGCGUCGCACUCCCCACCGAAGCUCGACCGGGCGACACCUGGAGACUCUGCCUGGCCGUCGAUUCAAACCCCGGCUCUAGAUCUAGUAGAGAAACUUCGACUCGUGAUCACUAUUAUUCUCUAGUCCUCGACUUUACGCAACCCGAGUUUGGACGGCUGCCCCUUGCCGUGACUUCUUUGCCUAUCAGCGUGCUCGUGGGCGAAAACAGGGAGACACGGGCAACCCGAUCGACACCGAGCAAGCAGUCUAAAGUUAAAUCUAAACCUGCCGAGCACAGCGUUGCAAAGCAAGAAAAGAUUGAGCGCUUAUAUUCUCUACCCUCGAAUUGGGGUACACUGCGCAUAACGGAGCAAACAUCGUUUGAUUUGGACAAGUGGGGCACGCUCCGAAUUAGAAAAUAUGGUGCCUCUUGGUGGCUUGCCAAACUCCUUGCGCAACCCGAGAGCCCAGACAAACGCCACGAGCUGAUUGAGGCCUUCCGAACAAGGCUACAGCCAGCGAACCAAGAUCGGAUAUUGCAAGUAAUAGAGCUAGGAGCAGGGACAGGACUCGUUUCGCUGGUUCUGGGCGCACUUCUCGCGGGAUACAGUCGGAACGUGCGCAACGUUGACCAGGAGCAAGAGGAACGGGCUGGACCCUUUGUGUGUGCUAAGAUUUUAGCAACUGACCUGUUCUCUGCUAUUGAACUCAUCGAUCAUAACCGAUUAGCCAACUCGCACCUAUUUGACGACAGAAUCAAUACCGUCGAAGGAUCCGAGGAAUCUCGCCGCACGUGUAAGAUCGAGCUACACGCGACAGAACUUGACUGGGACAAUCCGAUUCCCGGCCAUGUUUGGGACACAGAUCGCAUGUCGGGAUCACAAUGUCCGUUUGAUGUGAUCAUAAUGGCCGACGUAACUUACAACACUGCAUCGUUUGGGGCCUUGCUCGACACACUCGUUGGCCUUUUGCAAGGCCCAAGCGAUUCGGGCUCAUCACCGAUUGUGUUGCUUGCGUACAAGUGUCGAGACCCUGCCGAACGCACUCUCUGGACAGACGCGCUCGCUCGCGGGAUUAGUUUCGUCCAAGUCGAUACAGUCAAGGGCGUGCGAGAACCAGCCGUAGAGAUAUGGUUGGGCGGAUGGGAACGGGAUGUCGGGUCGCUUUGGUCGGGUAUCCGCGCUGAUAUGUAG